AUGGGUGGAUUUGCGCGGAAUUUCAACGGUUCCUAUAUACAAGAUUUGGAGACUAGUAAACAUGAAAAUGUUCACCAAAAGGCUUACCCGCAUGCACAGUUCCUUGGCGCUCUAAAACAGUUGAGAUGUGUCGUGAGAGAUUUCCGCCCUGGUGAUGGUAACGCGAUCGCAUCCUCACACCCAGAGCUGCAUGAAUCUGUACCAUUGCAGUUGUGCACUGAACGCUUGGAUAACAUACCCAGUAAAAUGACACAAGCCCCAUGCUACGCAAAACCAGUUGUGGUGCCCGUCAUCAUUAAAGAGUGCCCCGUAGACCGGCGUUCUCGGAAACGGAGAGCGCCACAGCAGCUGAUGGCAAAACCCACCGUGAAAUAUGACCGCGGAGCUUAUGACGCACAACCUGGGAGACAACCAGUCAAACAGUCACUGUGCUCCCGGAUGCUCAGCCUAACAAUGCAGAAAGCCCCGUACCCGGAUAAAGACGUCCACGUUCAGAGAUAUCGGCCACUGAAUGCAGCCCGGCAUGCAGUACACACCGAUAGUGACCGCGUAUACCACUCGCUGAAAACGAGUGCAUUUUG